AAAAAAGAAUUAUCAAAGAGUUUGAUUUUAAAAUAAGGAGACAAAAAAUGCAAGUAACCCAAAUAAUUAUCACAAUUUUUGUUUAGUAUGAAGCCAUUAUGUAAUUGUUGUUAUUAUUAUUAUUUGGGAGUGAUAUCUACGUAUGUGUACUUUGUGACUAUGUGUACAAUUGUGCGACGUCGUUUAGUUUGUUUGCAUAUGUAAUUUGCAUUGCUUGUUUAUUGUUUGCCUUGAGUUUGUUACUUGGCUGUAUCAUGUGACAAAUGAGUUUGAGAAUAUAUUAUUUCCAUUAAUUCAAGUUACUCUAACUUGAAAAUCAAAGUCCCUUACGUCGGCUUAUAACUAUGUUAAGUGGCAACAAAAAAUACUUAAUUUAGUGAGAAGCAACAAUUUAUCAUUCAUUACACAAACUUUUGAGCUACAAACUUACGUUUGGGAGUUUCUUUAGAAACCUCAAUUUUAGGAGCUAAAUUUCUUUAUUGGUCAUGCAUUCCUCUAAGCUUAUCUUAGUACAUUCUAAAUUUAUAGUACUUUGGUUACAAGUCAUUGUUAAUUUGCCAUUAAUACUAUCUCAUCUCAACCAAAAAAAAUUAACUGCUACCAUGAAAUUACGUUUGAUAAAAAUAGAAAAUUGUUUAUGUUGUGAUUGGUUUUGAAGCUUCACAACUCGUUAUAAAUACCACAUUUUAUAAGCAACUACUCAUCAUCAUCCAAAAAUUGCAACAAAAAUAAAAGUUAAAGUAAAUAAUCAAAAUGAAUAUGAAAAGUAUUACAACAAUUGUUUUAUCAUUUUUAUUGACAACGUUUGGAAUAGCUCAAUCUGCUGUCUUUGAUAUAAGAAAAUAUGGAGCCCCUAGUGGAGAUAUAACAACGGCCUUUGGAGAUGUAUGGAAAGCAGCAUGUAAUUCAACAGGUGCAAGUAAAGUUUGGAUUCCAAGUGGAUCAUACAAGAUGGGAGCCAUAGUGGUUAAAGGUCCUUGUAAUGGUCCAAUUGAAGUUCAGGUUGAUGGAACAAUUAUAGCACCAGCAAACCCAGCUGCACUUCAUGACGCUUAUGAAUGGAUUAAAUUUGAAUAUGUUGACUUUUUUACCUUAUCAGGUAAAGGUGUUUUUGAUGGUCAAGGUGCAAUUGCUUGGAAUCAAAAUGAUUGUGGAAAAAACAAAAACUGCGACAUGGCUUCCAUGAACUUCGGUUUUAAUUUCCUAAAGCAUGCAACUGUUCGAGACAUAACCUCAAAAGACAGCAAAAACUUUCAUGUGAAUGUUUUGGGUUGCACCAACUUCACAUUUGAUCAUUUCACUGUAACUGCUCCAGCUACAAGCCUUAACACUGAUGGAAUCCACAUUGGAAGAUCAACUGAUGUGAAAAUUCUCAACACAAACAUUGGGACUGGAGAUGAUUGUGUCUCAUUGGGAGAUGGAUGCAAACAAAUAACUGUCCAAAAUGUGAACUGUGGACCUGGACAUGGCAUUAGUGUUGGAAGCUUAGGGAAGUAUCCAAAGGAAGAACCUGUUGAACAACUUUUAGUCAAGAAUUGCACUUUGACAAAUACUGAUAAUGGUGUCAGGAUCAAGACUUGGCCUAGUACUCCAGGAACUAAUCCUAUUACUGAUAUGCAUUUUGAAGAUAUUACCAUGGUUGAUGUCCUAAACCCUGUCAUCAUUGACCAAGAGUAUUGUCCAUGGAAUCAAUGCUCAAAACAGUCUCCAUCAAAGAUAAAGAUUAGCAAAGUUACCUUCAAGAACAUCAAGGGAACUUCAAAGACUAAGGAUGGAGUGAUUCUUAUCUGUAGCAAGAGUGUACCAUGUGAGGGUGUUGAACUAAAUAAUGUUGCUCUAACAUUCAAUGGAACUGAAGUAGAUGCUAAAUGUGUCAAUGUCAAGCCUAUUGUUACAGGAAAAGCUCCUAAAUGUGUAGCAACAGCAGCAGCUUAGUUCCCCAUUUCAAAACUUUCUUUUCAAUUUCUUUCUUUAUAUAUACAUAAGCCAUCCUUGUAAAAAGUGAUGUGAUGAGGACUAUUUAAAGUCCCUAGUGAAAAAUUAGACAGCUAUAAGAUUGUUACUGGCAAGUAUAUUAUAUAUGUAAUUGUUUUGUAGUAAUAGAAUCCGGUUAAAUGUUAAUAGUUUGAGAUUUACUUUGAAAUUGAAGGAAAAAUUCAAUUAA